CCAAACAAUACCUAAAUCAAAAGAUUUCUUCUUGAUGCUUGCUGCUAUGACUUACCCAGAUCUAAAUCAGUCAUGAAAAAUUGGUGAUUGAAAACAUCAAUUCAACACAACUCCAAAAAAGUAAGAAAAAAAUACUAAAGAAAAUGAUAUUAUAAACCUCGUUAUUCAAAAUCCCAGAAAUCCCUCAACUAGUUACCUUUGUUUUGUCAAUUGGCUAGCUAUGAAGAGAAAGUAGAUCCGUCAAAGCUGUCCAGUAGAUCCGUCAGAAUAUGAUGGUGCAGUUACGAUCUUGUUAGGGAUUGUUUCAUUAUAACUUUAUGAUGCAGCCAUGGAGACAGGGAGAGUAGAUCCGUCAAAGCUGUCCUUUUUGACAGUCAUGGCUUGCUUCGGUUGGGUCUAUAUGGCAGGUGGGCAUGCUAAGAACAAGAACACUGGAGAGGGAUUAAAGAAGGGAGAGGGAGAGGGAUGAAGAGAACAAUGAAGAAAGGAUUAGACAAGGGAGAGAGAAGACGGGAAAUCGGAGAAGAUGAAAGAACACGCGCAAAGACUUUAUUU